GGCCGAAGUCAAUUCUGCUCAGUAAGUGUUCCGAGGCUAGGUAGCUGGUGAUGUUGAAGCUUGAAACUGAACAUCCGGGACCAACAGGUCGACUCUCCCGCCAAACAGUUGGGAUACCCAUGUCCAUGUCUUCGAUGCGUCAAUAGGGCCCUUUGCGCCUUGAAGAUCAUACACGCCCGCACAAGCUACGGCAAAGCAACUCUUGGAGUUUAGUUCGAGCUUGAACCAAGCACAACCUCUCAACAUCGUACUUGUUCAGCCUUCUCCGUACGCUACUGAUAACAAAGUCCUGUUGCGUUCAAUGCAAACUUUGCGCGAGGGUGGCUGUCGCAUCGUCCGAGGCAUCGCUGUGGUGGAUAUCGAGAGUAUUUCCGAUGCAGACCUCAGGAAACUGCACGAUCUUGGUGUCCGCGGGUUGAGGAUAAACAAGCAGGCAGAUGGGAAGUCGACGGAUCUCGAGAUUCUUCAACAAACUAUUGUGAAGACUGCUUCGCGGAUUCAAUACCUUCCGGGCUGGAAGAUUCAACUCUUUUGCGCUCCUGCGAUGUGGGAAGACUUGUACGAAACGAUACUCUCCCUUCCAGUCCAAGUAAUUGCAGAUCACGUGGGCGGCAUGCGAGCUCUAUCCAAAUUGCAGCUCAACGCUGAAGCAGGCGGCCUAGACGAUCCCACGAAACAACCCGGCUUCGAGGCUCUGGUCAGACUUGCAAGAGCCUCAAAGGUCAUUAUCAAAUUGUCGGGAUUCUACCGACUCUCCGACAUGGUGAAAUCUGGUUGCGAGGACAUGGAGCCGAUUGUCAAGGCUCUCGUUGAGGCGGUACCGCAGCGCUUGGUUUGGGGCAGCGACUGGCCUCAUACUGGGGAGGGUAAAGAUCGCCUUAAUCGAGGCGUGGACGCGGUGGAGAAUUUCAGAGAGAUUGAUGACACCCUGAAUGUCUACAAUUUGAGAAGAUGGGUUAAGAAUGAGGAGGUUUGGAAGGAUUUGAUGGUUAAGAAUCCUGCGAGAUUCUACAGCUGAGCAGCGUUAAGCGGGUCGUUCUUGAUCUUACUGACGAUGUCUUAGAACGGCCUUCUUACUGCCUUGUCAUGUAAUAACUAACUCGCAAUAUGAAAAAUAUGUAUCAGGCAGUAUGGUCCUCACAGAAAUCAAAAUGUUAGUUCUAAAUGCACUCCAUGUGGCAAUGGGAGCUUCUUCAAACCUGCGAGACAGUUAGUGGAUUUCCUAGAGACUUUGAUCGCCCG